AUGUGUUUGGGACAGAUGGCCAUGAGAAAUGACUCCCCAGUGACUGAAUUUAUCCUCACAGGGCUAACUGACUGGCCAGAGCUCCAGCUGCCUUUUUUCUUUCUUUUCCUUGGCAUUUAUGUGGUUACUGUGGUGGGGAACCUGGGUAUGAUCAUAUUGAUUAGCCUUAGUUCCCAUCUUCACACCCCCAUGUACUAUUUCCUCAGUAGUUUAUCCUUUAUUGAUCUCUGUCACUCCACUAUAAUUACACCCAAAAUGCUGAUGAAAUUUGUAUCAGAAAAUAAUAUCAUCUUCUACUCUGAGUGUAUAACACAACUCUACUUUUUCCUUAUUUUUGCUAUAGCUGAGUGCCACAUGUUGGCAGUGAUGGCAUAUGAUCGUUAUGUUGCCAUCUGCAGCCCUUUGCUUUACACCAUCACCAUGUCCCAUAAGACCUGCUCAUGUCUUGUGGGUUGGGUAUACAUCCUGGGUUUAGUUGGAGCCACAGCUCACACCAGCUGCAUAUUUAGAGUGAUCUUCUGCAAGAACAAUCUUAUCCAUCAUUAUUUCUGUGAACUCCUUUCCCUCUUGAAACUUUCUUGUUCCAGCACCUAUGUCAAUGAAGUAGUGAUUUUGUGCUUUAGUGCAUUUAACAUCCUCAUUCCCAGUAUUACCAUUGUUAGCUCUUAUAUAUGCAUCAUCAUCAGCAUCCUUCGGAUCCGCUCCCCUGAAGGCAGGUCCAAGGCUUUCAGCACCUGCAGCUCCCACAUAGCAGCUGUUGCUCUCUUCUAUGUCUCUGCUUCAGUUAUAUAUCUACAGCCCUCUUCAGGAAACUCCAUGGACCAGGACAAAGUAUCUUCUGUUUUUUAUACUAUUUUUGUGCCCAUGCUGAACCCCCUAAUCUACAGCCUGAGGAACAAGGAUGUGAAAGUUGCCAUGAGGAAAAUCCUGGAGAGAAGAAAGUUCAUUUAA